CCUCCAACUUGGCUAUUCGUCUUCUCCUCUCCCAGAUUAAUCUCACCACCCCCUCCCCCUUCGUAACCCCUUCGUAACCUUUCAUCCUUCCAACUUUUCUUACCUCUCUAAUCCUAUGCAUCACAUCACAGUACAGGCAGUCUUACUAUCUUUGUGAAGAAACGAAAUCAUUCCUCCCCCAAAAGCGAGCAUUUGUAUGUAUGUGACUUGGAAUAACUUCAAAAGUUUCACUUAUCCCACCAUAUAAAAUUAACACCACACGAUUUAUACCGGAAAGAGAUAGAUACCAGAAAAAGAAAGGAAAGGAGAGGAAAAUCCGAAUCACCGAUAUAACAUAAGAAAACUAAAAAUUUUCCCCUCUUCUCUUUCUACCUAAAGACUCUCUCGACUCUGUCUGGCUCUCACGCUCAUCUUAUUUUUUUUCUUCUGUUCCUGGCUCCACUGCGUGCUUUGUACGGCCGUUCUCGAACCUUUGACCUUUUUUUAAGGCGAUAAACGAGAGCGCGCUUGUUGAAAAUACAAGAGAAAUCCGACAAGCCCGUAACAACUUCAUCCCUCGACUUGACAACCACGAAAUAUUUUCGAGUCGACAAAGAUUACUUUGCGAAACUUCAUCGACGAUUCUUAAGACGAGAUUAUCGCAUCCUUUGCGACAUAAAGCGGCGAUUCAAUAAUUCAAAAAGGGCCGGUGAAUAAAUCAUAACAAGUCACCUCUUUUUCACAUACCUGUUUACUCAGAGUUCUAUUCAGCUUAAUACAGUUGGUGACUUCUCGAGCCCAAUUUGUUAACACUGCCACAACAUCACGACAUCAAGAAAAAGACUCCUUGAAGAGUAAUUUCGACGUGGUUUUCAUCAAAGAAAUCCAUUGAGGCGGAUUCAACUUCAUUCAGAUCGGGAAGUGAAGUGAAUUAAAGCCCUAGCGUAAACACAUCUACGACCUUAUAAUCCACUGUCUUUUGACGUCCACCUGCUGCGGAUUACAUUACAACACCUACAGUCAAAUUCUCCUGAAGGAGGACAAACGCGAUGGCAGAACCAGAAGUCGAUCUCGACUCUAUCAUUGAUAGACUGCUAGAAGUUAGAGGCAGCAGACCAGGCAAACAAGUACAGCUUUUGGAACAAGAAAUUCGUUAUCUUUGCACCAAGGCUCGCGAAAUUUUCAUCUCUCAACCCAUCCUCUUAGAGCUCGAGGCACCAAUCAAGAUCUGUGGUGAUAUUCAUGGUCAAUACUACGAUCUCCUCCGUUUGUUCGAAUAUGGUGGAUUCCCUCCCGAGGCCAACUACCUCUUCCUUGGUGAUUAUGUUGAUAGAGGCAAACAGUCCCUCGAGACUAUCUGUUUGCUCUUAGCAUACAAAAUCAAAUACCCCGAAAACUUCUUCAUCCUCCGCGGUAACCACGAGUGUGCCUCCAUCAACAGAAUCUACGGUUUCUACGACGAGUGCAAGAGAAGAUACAACAUUAAGCUAUGGAAGACAUUUACUGAUUGCUUCAACUGCCUCCCCAUUGCAGCAAUCAUUGACGAAAAAAUCUUCACUAUGCACGGUGGUUUGAGUCCAGAUUUAAACUCCAUGGAGCAAAUCCGUCGUGUCAUGCGACCAACUGAUAUUCCUGAUUGCGGUCUCCUUUGCGAUCUCCUCUGGUCUGAUCCAGACAAGGAUAUCACCGGCUGGAGUGAAAACGAUCGUGGUGUAUCAUUCACAUUCGGUCCCGAUGUUGUUUCUAGGUUCUUACAAAAGCAUGAUAUGGAUUUGAUAUGCAGAGCUCAUCAAGUCGUCGAGGAUGGUUACGAGUUCUUCUCAAAGCGGCAAUUGGUAACACUCUUCAGUGCGCCCAAUUACUGUGGAGAGUUUGACAAUGCCGGAGCGAUGAUGAGUGUGGAUGAGAGUUUGUUAUGUUCAUUCCAGAUUUUAAAACCAGCGGAGAAAAAACAAAAGUACGUCACAACAGGUGGUCUAGGUGCCUCCAGCAGGCCCGUCACUCCGAGGAAAAAAUAAAAAUGAUCAAUUACGAACUUCCUUUUGUGUAGCAGGUUCGGACGCAGAUAAGCUUAAUUCGCGAUUUUCCACGCAACGAAUAUCGCCCUCGAUCAAUAUGCGCCCUUUCACCGAUCGCUUCUCUUUGGGAUCCGUCAUCUCACCAGACUUUUGCAAGUAUCCUCCAGACCUCGAUCUCGACCAAAUAUACCUAUUUGCGCGACACCUUCCGCAUCCUACCUUUCGUUUCCUUAUUCCUCUCAUUGCCAAAUGCGACUUUGUACACAACAACUUUUCCAUUACGCUUUUCGAUCACUAACACUAAGGAUUCCACUCGAUACGUUUUUCCCAACGACUUUCGGCCAAAUCACGACCUUUUGCUUUGAAUUGACAUGCCAGCAUUUUCACGACAUGACGAUAGAUACAUGGGACGUUAAUCGGGCGAGUUUCGGUUUUCGGGUAUUGGCAUUCGGAUUUGGGAUUCUGGUUUUCAUAGAAAGGCGGGAGGGGAAUUUUCAGAGAGAAGGCUCAUGACGGGUAACUCAUAAUAUUUGUGUUCAUACGUUUGAGAAGGGGGGCAAUUGAUUGUGCCGGGCAACGAGAUAAAGAAGGGAAAAGGGAAGGUAGGAUGUGCAUGGGUUGAGCACAGAAAGCAGAAAAAAUAACUCAACGAUGCGAAUUGUACCUUUGUUCUAUGUAACUGACCUUUUUUUCACUACACCUCAUUUGACACUUUUAUGGGAUGAGCUAUGUGUGUUGAUUGAUCUUAUUUUAUUUGGUUUGAUGAGUGAAAUUAUGCU